UCAGUCAGUGGAGGCUGAACAGAUGAAGAUCCAGAGGUUUCUGCACAGACUCAGUCUGGUUAAUGCACAGGUGAAGAUCAUCUUUGAGAUUAAGACAGAUUCAGUGACACACAAGCACAUAUUCAGUGGUGAGAAAAGUAAAGUUUCAGUGAUGGAUUACAACAUUUCUAUGGACACUGCUUCAUACAGACAGAGUCUGCUCUCCAAAUGGAGUCUGCAAUCCUGUCCAGAAAUUCAUCAGGAAUUGGGAGACCCGCUGAGCUUUGUGCUCCCCACGGACACAAUAGAGGCUGGACUGUAUGGAGAAAUGAGUGUAGUUACCAUGGCAACACUUGCACCCUGUAUGGAUCAGUAUGCCAACUGGCCCACUCACCUCUCAUGCAUACGGAUAUUAGUGUAUAGUCCAUGUGGCCUGCCUCUAAUGCAACAAGCACAGAUGAGUUUCCUCCAGAGUUUGGCUACUUCACUGUCCUGGGCGGAUCUCGGCCUUUCCAAAGUCUGCUGUAAAGAAUCACAAAACAUCCAGGGCUCUCUGUGUUCAGAUGUAGAAUUCUCAGUUGAAAUCAAACGCAGUCAGGAACCACGAUGUUGGGAUGCUGUACAACAGAACAAUGAGCCAGAAUGCAGUCACGCUGUAGAACAGACUCUAACUGUGUUCAUUUUUGCUCAGUACACGGACCCCUUCCGCUCCCAGAUCACAGACUUCAUAAGCAGCGAGGAGGUUUUUGAGAGACACUUGGAUGCAAUUCUUUGGUACAACGAAGAUCAACUGAGGGCGACUCUUCAGUCUACCAUGAAAAAAACACUGAAGAGAUUUCAGAAAAGACAUGCAGGCAGGCAAAGGUUGAAUUCUACCAUACCCAUUGUCUUGAGCUCAGUGAACAGUAUCAUUGCCGGCAGCAGCAAUGGAGAGUUUCGAACAGCCUGCGUUGAUAGCAUGAGGGUCAAGAGCACCUGUGAGUUACAGACAUCACUGCGACAGUCUCUUCAAAGCAUUGUGGAUGGGCGAUUUACUCCAAGGACCAAGUGUAGAAAAGAAAAGAAGGUGACACAGGCUGUUUGCUCUCAAAAAAGGAGUCCUGACAUCUUGGAAGAGGCAUUUGAAAAUCCCCCAUUACUGUCUUCUAAGAGGAUUCACUGCGAUCUUGAAUCUUCAAGUUUCAUCUCUGAGAAGAGGCAAUGCACAGAGCCGUUCUCUGAAGAUUCAGACACAAAUGAGACAUCAGACUUCCAGAAAAGUCCCUUUUCUCUUGUCCAUCUUCCUCAGAUUCAACAAGCCAGAAUGACUGAAGACAAACCCUCAGUUAAACUGAUAAAUGAACAGGUGGAGGAGCAGUGGCUUCAAGAGCUGGAAAACUUUUCUGAAUGGGAUUAAAGAAAAGGCAU